UCAAAGAUUUGAAAGCAGCUGAUCUGAGAUCAGAGUUGUGAUGUAAACGGAGCUUCAGUGUCUCCAGAGUGUGACUCUGUAAAUAGUAAGUGUUCUGUAAAAGGUUUGGACCAGUUGUUGGGUCCCCUGAGAACUCGGUUCUGUUGGACAUCUCCUCCAUGUAUGGAGACAGUUUGGAGUCCCUGAGGAUGGAUCUCCAUUCAAGUGUGGACAGCUGCUCUAUUUAAGAUCUCUGCUGCUUCAGACACAGCCACUGGAGCGUCAGCUUGGCCCCGACUGAAGAGAUGGCGAGCAGAAAGACUAAAAAGAAGGAAGGUGGAGCCAAACGGGCUCAGAGGGCUUCGUCUAAUGUGUUCUCCAUGUUUGAACAAACCCAGAUCCAAGAGUUCAAAGAGGCAUUCACCCUUAUUGACCAGAACCGUGAUGGAUUCAUUGAUAAGGAAGACCUAAAAGACACCUAUGCAUCUUUGGGGAAACUCAGUGUGAAGGACAGCGAGCUCGAAGAUAUGCUCAGAGAAGCCACUGGUCCCAUCAACUUCACCAUGUUCCUCAACCUGUUUGGAGAGAAACUCCAUGGCACAGAUCCAGAAGAUGCCAUCUUAAAUGCUUUCAGAAUGUUUGAUCCUGAUGCUACAGGCUCCAUCCACAGAGACCAAUUACAGAAACUCCUGAUGACUCAAGCAGACAAGUUUACAUCAGAGGAGGUGAAGCAGAUGUUCCAGUCAUCCAACAUCGAUGCUGCUGGAAACCUGGACUAUAAAUCUCUGUGCUACAUUAUCACACAUGGGGAGCAGCAAGAGGAAUGAAGCAGUGCAGAUAGCUGCAAUCAUCAUGUCCAGCUUCAGCAUGUCUGUACGAGGUCAUCACGUCCGGCCUCAGUGUGUCUGUAUGAGGUCAUCACGUCCGG